AUGAUGGCACCAGACAGGAAGCCAGAAGAUGGAAUUUCCGUUCGGAGCAUCCAUGAAGUCGAGACUGCUGCCGUCGAGAAGAAGGGCGGCACCAUAACUGAUGGCUAUGAAAUGUCCAGGAUGGGUAAGAAACAGGAACUGCGUACGGAGCGCAACUUCAAAUUCGUUGGAAUUGUCGGCUUUGUGACGAUAUUGCAAGCAACGUGGGAGAACGUGCUUCUCGCGAACUGGUUCGGACUGUAUAACGGCGGCACUGCUGGCGUCAUUUGGUGCACGAUCGCCGUAUGGCUGCUGAUGCUCUGUAUGAUCGCGUCACUAGCUGAGAUGGCUUCAAUGGCGCCGACAGCCGGUGGACAGGUCCAGGGUAUCCGAGUUCGCUCCUCCGUCUUUACAGAAGCCACUCAGUUACGUUGUUGGGUGGUGCUGCUGCCUUGGCUGGAUCGCCGGAGUGCCUUCUUGUUGCGUCCAGCUAGCUGGCAUGGUGCAAACGAUGAUUCUUCUGAUGCAUCCUGAAGCGGACGUAUCGCGCUUGUAUCAGGCUACGCUGCUGCUUUACUGCUUCCUCGUUCUCUGCGUCGGUUUCAACAUCUUCUGCGCCCAGCAAUUGCCGCUGGCGGAAGGUAUAUUGCUAUUCGUCCAUGUUCUGGGGUUCUUCGUCUUUCUCUUGGUUUUCUGGAUCAUGGCUGAUCACGCACCGGCCGAACGUGUCUUCGGCGAGUUCCACGACGGCGGAGGUUGGGGUAGCACUGGUCUUUCUUGCCUCGUCGGGUUAGCUACGCCAGUCUGGUGCUUCAUUGGACCUGACGCCGGAGCGCACAUGUCGGAAGAAUUGAAGGAUGCAUCCCUGCAGCUACCUCGUGCGAUGAUGUGGGCGACGGUACUGAAUGGCAUACUCGGCGUCACGAUGCUCAUCAGUUUCUGUUUCUGCAUUCAAGAUAUUGAAAGACUCGUGAGCAUGGAUACAGACUUCCCCAUCAUCGAGGUGUUACUCAAUGCCACUGGAUCGAGGGCAGCGACCUGUGUGCUCGGCGCAAUGUUGGUGGUACUGCUCUUCUUCUCAACCGUAACUACCACAGCUAGUGCUUCGAGACAGGUCUGGGCGUUCUCGAGGGAUCAAGGCUUUCCGUUCUCGAAAUGGAUCCGCUUCGUGAAGCCCGGGGUGGACAUUCCCACUAACGCGAUUCUGUGCGUCGGGCUGGUAGCUGCAGUGGUCUCCGCGACCAACUUCGGCUCGGGUACAGCGUUCAACGCCGUGGUCGGUGUUUCUAAUGCUGCCCUCGGCUUCUCGUACAUCGUCUCCAUUGGUUGCAUCCGGCUGAAAAGAUUCCGCGGCGAGGAGCUCCUACCGGCACGCUGGUCGCUCGGACGUUAUGGUGCUGUGAUUAACGACAUAUCACUCGCAUUUCUGGUGAUCGUUUUCGUGUUCUCUUUCUUCCCGACAGAUGUCAUCCACGGCAACGAGCAGUGGGUCGAGAGCUUCAAUUGGGCCAUCGUGAUUUUUGGUGCGACUUGCUUGUUGGCUCUGGCAUACUACAUGCUAGGAGGAGGACGCCAAAAGUACAUCUCUCCCGCGUCGCUGGUCAAGCAGGAAUAGGUGUGGUGUGGGUGGCUGGCACGUGUGUACGGGCGGCAGACCAAGCCAGAUUACGGCAUAGAGUGCUCAUUUUGAUGGAUUUGGUGUUUUUCCUCGUGUGUAUAGAGAUUGUGGGGAUGAGAAGUCGUUGGCAAAGCAGGUGAGGG